GCUCUGGUCUGUGGGUGACACAUUCCGCUCACGGUUCGCUCGUAUCGUAGGCUGAUGGUUUUACGGUCUCUUUGUUCACGCGUGUGUGUGUGUGUGAGUUACAGAGACAAGGAAAUGUGGUAUAGCACAAUAGUUUGACAGAUAACACUACCCUUGAGUUGUUUUGAUGAGAGUUAUAAAGUGAAGGUAAGUGUUUGAUAUCAAACAUCAUUUACUUGAUUUGGUUCACCAAUACAGCCGACAUGUUACAUUGCUAUUAUGAUUUAAUCAUCCCCAAAGCAUAAAGGAGAAUUUCAGACUUGGAAAUGUGUAGCAGGGUAUUUUAGCUAGAAAAGUGUGUGAACGUACACAUUGUACUAGAUGCACACACAAAAAGGUGGGGGGGGGGAUGACACUGCUUUAAAACCAACAAUAAGAAGAAACUAUUUCAUACAUGAACAAUAACAAAUUAUUAGACCACAGUGGCUAGAUCAGCGUGGUUCAGAUCCAUAAAAACCGAUAGAGAACAUCUAUUAUAGAAAACCUUUUCUAGUCCACCCUUUAUUAUCUAAUACCAUUUCGAGUGUCCCCUGACUUGCCAGACUGGUUCAACAGCUAUUGUCAUCGAUCAGCUUUUGUGUGUGUUAAAUCCAAAUUCCUUAAAAUGUGUUGUGAUCAGGCAUAGUUAAUUGAAAGAAUCCAUUUUCUUUUUGCUUGAACAUAAGACUAAGUUGUUCUCUUUAAACUACUCUUUCACUUCAAGCGUUUCGUGUUGUCAACCAGCAACCUUUCAUUAAGAUUCCAAAAUAGUUAUUUUUUCUCUACCUUUGGGAGUGAAUGACGGAAACGUAUUUAUAUUGAAUACAUGUAAAAGAAGAGAAAGAAAUUUAUGGCUUGUAAAUAUAUUUGAAGAAAAAGAAAAUGCAUGUGUAUUUAGGUGUUUUCUUCAUCUGUAGUGGAAACCCUCAAUAAUCAUCCACAUCAACAAAGCCUUACACACAUUUAUAACUUCAGUUUUCAGAUACAGACACAGGGUGUUCCUAAACAUUAGAGGAUUUAUUCUCAAACCAGGGCACCUCACUGACGUUUAUAACCGGAUAUGCUGCUGCUGUGGCUUGUUUCCCUUGAUGUGGUGGCAGGACUGAGCAGAUGGGAGUUCCACAAUGUCAACUUGAGAGACGCAGAGCCCAAGGAUGAGGUGAUGUCAUUCAGUCCUGACAUGGAGGGAAUCAGAAUGUAGGUCAAUUUCCAUUCUGGAUAAAUUAAAGGAAACAACAAUGAAAAGAAAUAACAUAAUAACUAAAAGAAUAACAGAGUCUGCUCUCCCUUGAGUCAAUCUGAUUAAACCUUGAACUAAAGCAAAUACAUUAUGAUCAGAUCAUUAUCAGUUGACAGUACCAGAGGCUUGGGGGGUGGGGGAGAGAACAGGGGGGAUGAAUUGCUGUUAAAGUCUACCAUAACUUCCAGCUUUGUAUCUUUCUUUACAUUUUUCUCUUACACUAUGUGUUAUAUAUAUAUAUAUAUAUAUAUAUUAUAUAUAUAUAUAUAUAUAUAUAUAUAUAUGUCUUAUUAACGUGGAAUGAUAAGGAUUUGAUCAUAUUUUAAAGGUUGUAAAGACUUUGGAUGUAUCUGAACAAUUUUAAUAAAAUUCAUUAUAAGGUUUUAAAUAUCAAUAAUCAUUUAUGAAUUCAAUGUGUCCUCACAUGAUCAGUGGGAAAAAUAUUUUUAGAAAUGUUCAUUCACGUUAGGCUCACACAUGAAAGUCACUCGAAUAAUUAGGGUCCUGUAUUAGGGUCCUCUAUUAGGGUCCUCUAUUAGGGUCCUCUAUUAGGGUCCUCUAUUAUGACAUUUGGCAACAACUGACACUUUUAGCCAUACCUGGCUUAAAGUCACGGAUUUACCCCACAGAAAAGGGGCUAAGUUCACAAGUCAAUAAUUUCAAGUAUGUGGCCUAGCGACAUUAAAUGUGUGAAUAAUCUUUAUAAAGAACUUAAUGUAACUGUUUGCUCAUUUCAAUUAAACUACAACAAUAUUUUUAAAUAUUAUCUUAUUACUUACAAAUAUAAAAACAAUUUAAAUGCAUUUCUGAAAUGACGAAGGCAUUUAGUUUUGAUAAUAAUUUUUUAAUAAAUAAAUUUAAGAAUAUUUUUUUAAAGAAAUGUUUGCAUAUUGUUGAUAGUGUAAUGAAGAGUUGAAAAAUUUGUUGUAUUCCUUUUCAAAGAUUUCUUUUUAAAAAUCCUUCAGCAAAAUAUUUUGUUUUCGAAUAUUAAAAUUAUUAAAAUAAUUUCCAAAAAAAAAAAAAAUUAAUUGUCAAUGCAUUAUUGAACUGUUAAAAUGUAUAUAAAAUUUGUCCUAUUAUUUUCUAUAGCCUGGAUGAAUCCAUGUGUCGGUCAACAACAACACAGGUUCGGUUCAGGCUGAUGCCACUCAAGAAAGAAAUGCGCAUCGUUGAGAAGGACAAACAGGAAGACUUCCUCAAGUCACCACAACCCUGUAACUACACGAGCCACCAGUCAAAGUGCGGCGUCUGCUGGCAAUCCGUCUGCCAGUCUAACAUCAGCCUCCCUUGUAAAUCACUCCUCGGUGUUUCAAGAUGGGAGAGCACCCUGGAGCUGGACGUCCUCAUUGACCAAGGGGUCGUUGUGGACUGCUCGGUGAUGUGUGCUGAUAUCGGGUUUUUUGAAGAUGAUAGUUACAGCGGCGGGAAUGGAAUAACGAUGGUCGGAAUUGGAUUCGCUAUCGCCAUUGUUUUGGCCAUUGGUUUGUUUUUGAUGCUUGGUGUUAUAAUUUACCACAAGAGAAUUGCCAGACACUUCAAUGACAACAGUUUCAUACAUCCUUACAAGCAAGAGAUUGGUUAAUAAUAAUUGUCAAGUUUGUGUAUUAAUGUGUAAUAUAAUUUUUAUAUUAUUUAGGAAAGCCAAGCCAAUGACAAGACAAAGAAUAUUUUAAUGUAAACAAAAAAUUUAAUAAUUAAGCAGCAUAAAAUAAAAUUCAAGGACUAUUAUUUAUUAUCUGUAAAUACAAGUUUGAUAUCAAUGAUACAAAAUUAUUUUAAAAAAUCAUCCUUAAAGAAAGAAACAACUAGAAUUUAUGUCUGUAAUUUAAAGUUGAUAUAUUUUUUUUUUGGUAAUAAAAAGAAGUUUGCAAGAUAUAAGUGUUCACCUUUAUGUAAAAAUUGCAUUAUGGGCCUUAUUUGUGUACAACUUUAGGGUGGACAUUUAAGUCAAGAUGUGUUUUGAUAAAUAAAUUCAUGUCUUUACAUAUCUUGGCACAUCCAUUAUUUGACAAUACAUUUGCAAUACUUUAUUUCACUUGGACAUGCCAAUUUUACUGGGUGGCCCAGAAAAAGUGAGGACAUCUCAUAACAAAGGUUAUAUAAUUGAAUUAAUAUAAUCUUUCGUCAUUGACAGCUGUCAACUCUCCCUGCCUCCAAACAAUUUUUUGAUUUUUUGUAAUUGGCCCUUCGUUUGUGCUUCUGACAAUAAAACGAUGUAACCACAUUUUUUGGGCUGCACUGUAUACAUUAAACAAUUUCAAAAAUUCAACAUCAAUAUUUCAAAAUCAUCACAAAAUGAAUAUAAAGUUUACUUUGUUUAUUUUUGAGUAUUCAUUUGAAGGGUUCAAGGGAAAAACCCAGUGAUGUCAGUUUUUCAUAAUGUCUAUGUUAUCUCCCUUGUGGUUACAUUCCAUUUAAUAGAAUAAUAUGAUACAGAGGUCCAACUGAAAAAGCAGCGUACUCAAUAAAUAAAUACUUAGACAUCUUGAUAUUUUCAUACUGUUAUGAGGAAUUUUCAAACUUUAAAUUCAAUUUUCACAAAACUCUCAAAACCUCACAUCACUGGUUUUUCCCUUGAGCCCUUCAUUUGUGAACAUUAUUUCGACUUGUUAUUUAAAAUCUCACUAUUAAAUCUGCAAUUGUUUCUAGUUACAAAUUUUUUACUUUGUAUUUUUUGUAUGUGUAAAUAUUGGGCUAGCCCAAACAAACUGUGGCCAACAAGAUAUAACAUUUUUGUUGAUUUAGUCCCUGUUCCCCGUCCCCCACCCCCUACCCCCCACCUCAUAUGAUUUUGAUUUCUAGCUGAUGAUACACAUUUUAAGGAACAUGUUGGAAAAUUUUGAAUGUGAUCAAUUUUCCUUAAGCAGAUUUGAAUAGAAAAAAAACCCAUUAAUUUCUAAUUGGUUUGUAGAGAAUUACCAAAAGAGAUUAAUUUGUACAUCUAAGUCUCUAAUGUGUUUGAAAACAAUCUUUCUUUUGGGAACAACUUGCAUCCAGACCUGCACCCUGAUCAAUUUUUAUGUCGUCAUUUUUAUUACUUUUUUUAAACGUUACAUUGUUGAAUGAAUGGUUGAAGAACUGAUAAUUAUAAUAACAUAUUUUCCCCCCAAUCCUCUUAAAAUCACAAGAUGUAACAUGAAUAUCAGAUACAUUUUUUUUUCAAUUAAAUAAAUAACUGUUAUCAGUUGUUUGCCACUGUUUAUUUAUUUCUUUUUUUAAGAUAAUACUUUUGGAUUAUUAAAGGGUAACUAACUACAUAUGUUAAUUACCAGGUACUUCAUUGACCUUUGAAGGCUAUUAUUUUUAAUAUACAUACUAUAUAUUUUUUAUAAGCUGUACAAUUAAUAAA